AUGGGGUCUGAGGACAUAAAGAGUCUUAGUCAUGUCGACUAUUUCGAGAAGCUGAAGUCCUUAGUUGGAGCAGAGGACGAGUUGGUGGUGAAAAAGGUGAUGGAGGUGCUGUGCGGGGAUGUGGAGAGCAGGCAAGAUGCCAUCGAGAAGAUUCUCGGGAGGAGUCUUGCAAAGGAGAGCCUUGAGAGCAUGACGCAGCUGACAGAGCGCUUUCUUCACAGGAAUGCGAGGCAGAUUAGCUUUGAGGAUGUUGAGUUGUUCGACGUCCUCCUUACACAGGCAGAAAAGAGGAGCCUUCUCGAAGUGAUAAGGAAGGGCACGGAUCUUGAAAAGGAGCUUUCCGGUGCUCUGAGGGGAUCUAAGGUGUAUUUCAUGAGAUACAUACUUGCCAACAGAAAGUUGUUUGAGUAUUUUCUCGUCCACCAGUUGUAUCUGGACGAGAGGGAAAAGGCCAGGAAGCUGAUGAGGGGCGAAGAGGGGUCUGUUUCCUUCAUCAAGUACAUAGACAGUGAUGCAUUGAGCCUGAUGAGGGGGAGCAGGGUGAUUGACCUAGAAAAGACGUCUAGUGAGCAUAGCACACACAUGGCAAGGGAAGGAUAUCCUCCUGGGUCAACGGUGAAAUACGAGGAUGGAGCCAAGAUUGUCCUUGUUCCUGGGCGGCGGGUGGCUGUUGAAUUCGAUGGACACCCCCCAGGCAAUGUAAAAAGGCUUUUUGGAGAAGACUUUAUGUUCAACUACAUCCAGAGUAUGGUUCAGGACUCGGUGUUGAAGGGGGACGGAAAUGUUCUUGUGUGUGCACCCACGGGGAGUGGGAAGACAGUGAUAGGAAUGAUGUCUAUUCUCAGGGAGGCCGAAAGGAGGAAAAAGAUGAGGGUCGGGUAUAUUGUUCCCAUGAAGGCGCUAGCCAGAGAGAUAUGCAGGACAAUCAGCAGAUGGUUUUCGGGGUACGGGAUCAGUGUUGUGGAACACACCUCGGAUGUCUACUCGGGAUAUGCCCACUUGGAGAGGACAGGGGUGAUUGUGUCCACUCCAGAGAAGUUUGAUGUUUUGACAAGAAACACGGAUCUUUGGUUUGAUCUGGUAGUGAUUGACGAAAUCCACAUGGUUGGAGACUCGAGGGGCGCGGCGGUGGAGGCAGUUGUGGCUCGGAUGGCGGUGCGCGGAGGGUGCAGGAUUGUGGGUCUCAGUGCAACACUUCCAAACUACAUGGAUGUCGGGGCAUUUAUCGGGUGCAACGAUCCUGACAUCUUCUACUUUGGACCCGAGUUCAGGAAGAGCCCCAUCGACUACGAGGUGAUAAAUGUUGGGGCAAGGGAAAGGGAGAUGGACAUGACCAUCGAAAAGGUGCUGGAGAACCUUGACUCGAAUGGGCCUGUGCUUGUGUUUGUCCAUUCCCGGAACGAGGCCCUUGAGGUUGCAAACGAGAUAAGAAGGUACAUGGAGAAGGCUUCUGAUGAUGGGGCAGAUGUGAGUCCGGAGGUCAGAGAGCUUCUGAAGCAUAGGGUUGGGAUUCACCAUGCAGGACUGGACAGGAAAACAAGGGUGGCUGUUGAAGAUCUGUACAGGAACGGGAAGAUAGAUGUGAUGGUGAGCACAGCAACGUUGGCAUGGGGUGUGAAUCUACCUGGAAAAACUGUGAUAAUAAAGGGCACGGAGGUAUACGAUGCCUCCACAUCCAGAUGGAGGCCUAUCAAGCAGAUUGAGAUGAUCCAGAUGUUUGGAAGGGCCGGAAGAUCUGGAGACGAUGGAUGCAAGGGGAUACUGAUAUCCAGCAAGGAAAACGAAUUCCUUGUUCAGCGGAGCAUAGACUCAAGGCUGCUUCCAAGCCUGUGCGACUGCCUUAAUGCCGAGAUAGUGAAGGGAAUGAGGAGGUUUGAAGACAUGAUCGACUGGUUCAAGCACACGUUCUAUUACACAAGACUGGUAAAGGUGAGCAGGGAGCCUGCUAGGAUGGUCAAAGAGCUUGUGUACAGUGCUCUGAAGCUGCUAGAGGAUGCAGGACUUAUUGCACUGGAGCCAGCCAUACAUCCCACGGAAGUAGGUGAGGUUUCGUCUAGAUACUAUGUUCACUACAGAGAUGCAAGAAGAUUGUUUGAUGGACUUUCACACGUUAUGCUGGAGCCGUCCAUAUUUCAGAUUCUAGAAAAAGCAAGGGAGUUUUCUGAUCUGAGCAUUGAUGAGAAGGCGAUGGAGUCUCUCAGGGGCCUUGUCCCCAUUCCUACGGAGUCCUCGUUCGGGGUACUCUUGCAGUGCUAUGUAGCUAACAGAAUAGAAUCGACCUCUCUCUCGCAGAACCUUUGCAGAAUGUUCAGGGCGCUAUUUGAGAUUGGGGUGAGGAAGAGGCUCGGAAUCUCAAAGAUGAUACUAGGAUGGUGCAAGGCUGCAGAGCACAGGAUCUUUCCAUAUCAAACGCCACUGAGGCAGUUUGCGGACGACAAGAAUGCUCUUAGGGACCUUGAGAUGAAGGAAAUCCCGUUUGGGAUGCUGGAGAUACUGGGCAAGGAAGGCCUAGAUGAGGUAGGGAUUCGCGGAAGUGGUAUAAUCGAGCAUCUGAGAUAUGUCCCCAGGUUUAGCAUUUCUCCGAGUGUUCGGGUCGCAGAAUCUGGAUACUAUGUUAUAAGCCUUGGGAUGGAGAAGGCCUUCGACGACAGCAAAGUGCACAGCAACACAUACUAUCUCUUUAUAACAGAUGCAGAAGAGGAGGAGCUGGUUUUCUGCGAUGCAAUAGUGUUUGAGAAGGGAUGCGAGUAUGUAUACCAGAAUUACGGGGUGUUCACAGGGCAGCCUUUUCUGAACAUCUGCCUGCUAUCUGCCCAUUACCUAUGCCCUACAGAGCCCGUCCCACUUGAUUUGAGGAAUGUCGCAAAUUCCAGGGCUUCCAUCUUUGAUGGCGUCUGGAGGGAUUUUAUGGUGGAAAAGGCGCUUGGAAUGGACAACUGCAUCAGGCUGGGGCUGUUCUACGAUGACAUUGGCACAGAGGUAGUUGUUGUGCCAGGCUAUGGGGAAAAAAGGAGGUUGAUGCUGCUGGGCUAUAGAGCAUACACAUACGAGGAGUUUGUUUCCUGGAAGAUUACCUCAGGACCUGUCACGAUUCUGGAGAUCCACGACUCCAUUUCAAACCAUCUUAUAGAGGUCUGCAUGGCGCAUUGCAUUGUGAACAGCAUCCAGAUGGUUAUGACAGGACUCCCAUUCACACGGAGUGGUGGGGCUGAAUCUGUUGGGAAGAUCGAGAAGAGCAUGGAGAAUGUGGGUAUCGAGGUGCAUGAGUCCUUUAGUCUUACGCGUCAUGGCCAGCUUUCUGACUUCAAAUUGAGGCUGACCAUGAAUAUGGACGGCUUGGACGUGGAGAAGAAGUCGUGCCUUGUCAUCUGCUCCACGAGGAAGAUGGCCAGGUGGUUCAUGAAGCACUUUAAGGAGGCAAAGGUCGCUUCUGAGUACACGGGGAUCCACAGCGGAAUAUACUUUGCCACAAGAAGAGUAGUAAAUCUAUGGAUAGACAGGAGAUGGAGUCCACAAGUGAGCCAGGUGCACAUUGUUGGAACGGACUAUUACGACCAUGAGACCCUGUCCUGGGUUGAUUAUCCACUUGCAGAUGUUAGAAGGUACUCGCUUCUGGGGAGAAGGGGAUUUCUUUAUCUGAAGCAGAGCAAGAAAGCGCUCUACUUCGGCGACGGGGGCGUUCCUCUGUGCUAUGGCUCUUCGGGGAGAAGGGAACUCUAUGUGUACUCGUACUGGCUGGGAUGCAGGGCCGAGAAGAGUGAGGAGCUCCCUUUGUUUGUCAAAGAGCAGGAGCUGACGCGGUAUGGAGCAAUGAUGUGCAGGUACUGUGUUGGAAUUGACACGAUCGAGCUAUUUAUCGAAAGGGUCAGGGACAAGAUGGGGAUGAAGAGCAUCCAGACUCUUGUGUGUGGAGCCGGAGAGCUUGUGUUUGAUGUGGAUUCUGAUGAGUUUGAGGCGUUGUCUGGAGCCGGUGUUGAUCUUUCGAGGGGAAAGGCACAUGGGAUGACUUCGUACAUACUGGACAGAGACAAAAGAGACGAGUGGGUUCUUCGGGAGUAUGGGGACCAGGUACUUCCUGUGGUGCACAGGGUGUACCUGUGCCUUGUUGAGGUUUCGUCGGAGAAGACGUACCUGAAAACGUCAUUCAAUGCAAUGUUUGGCCUUCAGAAUGUGAUGAAGGCAUUUGGCGGGUGCAUGGACAGAUUUUACAAUGCAAAGCUUUGCGGCGGCGUUGUGCUCAUUGAGGUUGUGUCCAUGCCCAGAAGUCCCAUGGGAUGGACCGUGUUUUUCCUAUCUGCUGGGUCCAGGGAAUUCAAGGUUCUCUAUGCCGACUGUCCCGGAGUGCACUCGAUCCCUUGGGAGCACAAGAGUUGCUAUAUCAUGAACGACUGUCUGCCUGGGUUUGAGGUUGUUGAGGAUGAAGACAUGGGGGCCUGA